UUCUCCUUCCCCGUGCAGCCCCGCUCGGUUCCCCCAAUGAGGCAGGACGCACUCCUCCUCCUGAGCCCGUCCAUGUCAUGAGACAGUCAGUAUAGUCGCUCCUGACGCCCCCGUGGACUCCUUUUCCACAGCUUUGGUUUGGUUCCAUGAAAUAAUGACAUGGUUGCAGGAGUGCACGGUUCUUCUGCUGCUGCUGCAACACUUUGUUUUCUCCCUGGCAGGCGGCCAUGAAGACUUGAACCGCUCUCUCUUUGCAGGACAAGGUGAUGCGCCUCAGUCAGGAUCCGUGAUCCAUCCAGUGAAAACCAACGCUGCCGGAGAGUUCAUCUCCCACUCUCUGUCCCACCAUUUCAAGAAUGGGCGAGUCAGGCGAGACCUGAGUGCGGUGGGACAGGUUUACUACAAGCUCAACUACACAGGUCGCGCUUUAUUGCUCAAUUUGACCGAAAACCAUCAGCUGCUUUCAAGCGACUACAUCCUGGAGCGGCGCAACGGCGACGCCAACCGGACCGAGAGUCGGCGGACGCCUGCGGAAACAUCCUGCCACCUUCUCGGCACCGUGGAGGUCUCUGGGGUGAAGGGAACUGCUGCCAUCAGCACAUGUAAUGGACUGAGAGGCUUCUUCUCCCUGCCGGAGGGACACUUUUUCAUUGAGCCGCUCCCAAAAUCUCCGAGUGAUCCCGCAGGUUCCCCAGAGCCGCACAUCAUCUUCCCGAGAGUUGUCACGGUAACGCACAGGGGAAAACGCAGCGCCGAGGGCGAACAGACACCCAGGCCGUGCGGAGUAACAGAUGGCGACUUUGUGCGGCUGGAGAGGGAGAGGGAGGAGUGGGAGUGGGAGCACGGUCCGACGCAGUCCCGCUCCCGGCGCUCGGUCAGCAGGGAGCGCUGGGUCGAGACCAUGGUGGUGGCCGAUUCCAAGCUCAUCGAAUAUCACGGCAGCGACAAUGUGGAGUCCUACAUCUUCACCAUCAUGAACAUGGUGGCGGGCAUCUUCCACGACGCCAGCAUUGGGAAUGCCAUCCACGUCCUCUUGGUUCGUCUGAUUCUACUACAGGGAGAUGAGAAAGGCCUGAAGAUCGUCCACCAUGCAGACACCACUCUGUCCAGCUUCUGUGCCUGGCAGAAGAACUUAAAUCCACAGAGUGACACACAUCCCGCCCAUCAUGACCUGGCUAUGUUGGUCACCAGGAAGGACAUCUGUGCCGGGAUGAACCAACCCUGCGAGACCUUAGGCCUGUCUCAUCUUUCUGGCAUGUGCCAACCGCACCGCAGCUGCAACAUCAACGAGGAUUCGGGCUUACCGGUGGCCUUCACCAUCGCCCACGAGAUGGGUCAUAGCUUCGGAAUCCAUCACGACGGCCAAGGGAACGACUGCGAGGUGGGAGGGAGGCACCCGUUCAUCAUGUCCAGACAGCUGAUGUACGACAGCUCGCCUCUCACUUGGUCGUCCUGCUCUAAGGACUACAUCACACGCUUCCUCGAUCGUGGAUGGGGUUUCUGUUUGGAUGAUCGUCCUUCCAAAAGAGACCUGACCACGCCUUUGGCGCGCCUCGGCGUUCGCUACACCACGCACCACCAGUGUCAGCUCCAGUACGGGCCCAAUGCCACCUUCUGCAACGAGGUGGAUAACAUUUGCCAGAUUCUUUGGUGCUCUGUGAAUGGCUCUUGUCGCUCUAAACUGGACUCGCCUAUUGAUGGGACUCGUUGUGGACCAGAGAAGUGGUGUAUCUCUGGAGAGUGUGUGAUUGUAGGUAAACUGCCUGAGACAGUGAAUGGAGGCUGGGGACAAUGGACUACUUGGUCUCAUUGCUCCAGGACUUGUGGGACUGGAGUUCAGUCAGCAGAGAGAGAAUGUAACAACCCCAAGCCAGAGUUCGGGGGGAAGUACUGCACGGGGGAGAGGAAGCGCUAUCGGACGUGUAACACAAGACCCUGCCAGAAGGAUAAUCCCACGUUUAGAGAGAUGCUGUGCAGUGAGUUUGACACUGUGCCCUACCACAACGAGCUCUACAAGUGGAUUCCUGUGGCUAACCCCUUGAACCCUUGCGAGCUGCACUGCCGGCCCGACACCGAGUAUUUUUCGGAGAAGAUGCUCGACACUGUGACUGACGGAACACCGUGCUUCAUGAACAACAACUCCAGAAACAUCUGCGUCAACGGAGUGUGCAAGGAGGUGGGCUGUGAUUAUGGCAUCGACUCAAACGCAGUGGAGGAUCGUUGCGGAGUGUGUUUGGGUGACGGCACGAGCUGCAAGACGGUCUACAAGUCCUUUGAGGAGGGAGAAGGCGUCGGGUACGUGGACGUGGGCGUGAUACCCGAGGGGGCCCGGGACAUCCUGGUGAAGGAAACUGAGGAGGCAGGUAACUUCCUGGCUCUGAGGAGACAGGGCUCGGAGGACUACUUUCUCAACGGCAACUACAUCAUCCAGUGGAAUGGGGAGUACCAGGCCGGUGGGACAACCUUCUACUAUGAACGUAGCGGGAACAUGGAGAACCUCACUGCACCUGGACCCACCAAGGAGCCAGUCGUGCUCCAGUUGUUGUUUCAGGAGAAUAACCCAGGACUCAAGUAUGAGUACACCAUUAAGAAGAGCAAAGAGACAGGAAAUGAGGUCAUCAAACCAAUUUACAGGUGGAGACACGGCGCAUGGACAGACUGCAGCACCACCUGUGGACUAGGUGAACAGCACCAGCCUGCACGCUGCUUUGAGACGGAUGUGGGCGUUGUAGACGAGUCUCUGUGUGACCCAGAGAGCCGUCCAGAAGACAGACACCGGAAAUGUAAGAACAUGGAUUGCCCUGCCAGGUGGUGGGUUGGAGGCUGGCAGCAGUGUACGGCCGCCUGUGGAUCGGAAGGCUUGCGGAAGCGUACGGUGCUCUGCGUCCGCACGGUUUCGGGUGAAGAAAGGGUGCUCCAUCCUGUGGAGUGCAAGCAGCUCCUUAAACCCAAACCCGUUAUACCAUGCAACAGAGAUGUACCCUGUGGACAGGACUGGGUUGUUGGACUCUGGGAAAACUGUCCAGUCACAUGUGGAGGAGGUGUCCGCUCCCGCACUGUUACAUGUGCAUUAGCACCCCCAAAAACCUGCGACCUCGCUACCAAACCACGCACCCGAUCACUGUGCGGUCUGCAGAGCUGCCCCAGCUCGAGUCUCCAGCGACGACCCGGACCGCCUCCUAAAUACCGCCGCAUUUACCCACCAAAGAGAAACACAACUAAGCCUUUCUUCCCCACCGGGGCUACCACGAGUACCUCAGCCACAGCUACAACUACCACUGCAUAUUCAACCUAUAAAAUUCCAACCCUUGAUCAUGAUAACGAUCCAAGUCAAGCAACGCCAGAAGCAGAGGAGAGAGUGGACAGUGAGGAAGGAAGCACACCCAAUGUGGUGAUGAAUGUUCCUGGUUAUGACUAUGUUACAGAAGAGAGAACACGAGAGGAGGAGGGGAUCAUUGACCUGGACGUCGGUACUACUUGGUUCAAAAAUCCUCUUAAAUCAACCACACUAGUGCCGCAUGUAAUCAUCACGCCCACUUUACAAACAAGUGGCCCUGGCAAACACACAACCACAGAAGCCACCACAUCCUCCUCCUUCACCCCACACGCUACUGCCGAGAUCAGUCAUCACACCACUCUUCGCGUCACUCCAUACAGCCCCCGGAUGCCCAGCAUUCCUCUAACUACUCCCAUGUUGAAGUCGCGUUCGGUUCCAUCCAAAACAGGCCUCCACACAACAAAAGUUCCUUCUACACCGCUCAGCACUGCAUCGUGGCCUCAUACCACAAUAAAAGUUAUUAAAACGAAGAAGCCUGCUUUGACUCCCAAGAAAAGUGUCUCUACCAAAAAAAACUCAUCCCGGUCUAACGGCAACCACUCCAAGAGCCAAAAUCAGCCGUCUCCCCACCCCACCAGAGACCCUGGAGAGCCAGUCAGCAUGGAUGUGUUCUGGCUUGUAGGAAACUGGAGUGAGUGCUCAACCACCUGUGGAAUCGGUGCAAUAUGGAGGGCAGUUACAUGCAGUUCCCAGAAGGACGAGGACUGUGCAAGCACCAAGAAACCUGAGCCUGCUCGCACCUGCCAUUUACAGCCGUGUGCCACCUGGCAAAGUGGCAGCUGGAGCAAGUGUCCAGAGAACUGUGCAGUGGUGGGAAAGCGAUACCGGGAUGUCCAAUGUGUUGAUUCCCAGAAUCAACGUCCUCUUCGGCCCUUCCACUGUCAGGCGGUGUCCAGCAAACCUGUCAGUACAUUGACUUGCCCCCACAAGGUCUGUGUGGACUGGAAUGUGUCACCCUGGGGACCGUGCUCUGGGAGCUGUGGUGAGGGAAUGCGUGAGCGGCUGGUGUACUGCCCGGUGCCUCACGGUUGUGGCGCUACACCGAGGCCAAAUAGCACAGAGUCAUGCAGCCUGAAGCCUUGCACCAACUGGAGGACAGAAGAGUGGGAGCAGUGCUCUGCGAACUGCGGAGGAGGUCAGCAGCAGCGUGACGUCAUCUGCGUGAAUAACGAGGAUUCUGGUGUAAUGCCAGACAGCCUGUGUGAGAAGAUGUCCAAACCAGAAGCUCUCCGGAAAUGCAAUAUGCAGGAAUGCCAGACCGCUUCAGGCCCGAUGUGCAGGAAAAACACAAUGUCCUCUCGCUUCUGCGACAAGCUGAAGCUGUUGGGGCGCUGCUCUCUCAGGUCGGUGCAAAGACAGUGUUGUAGCACCUGCAGAUCAUAGACGGCAACACCCUCUCUUGAUGUGCCUCCCUUCUGGAGCAACUAACUGUACUUCAUGACUACACGUGAAACUGGCCAGCGACAAGGAACAUGAAACAUUUGACAUAUGCACUGGAACCUUUGAAGUCCAACACAAUUGGUUUUGGAAUGUUGCUCGACCUAAUUAAUUUCCCCAUAAAAGCCAACGGAAAUAGAAAUACUCUACCGGUAAUGUAAUGUAAUGUAAUUCAUCCUUUGAUGACGAGUGACUAAAGCGCGUCGCACACCGAGCAACGCUGUCGAAACCGACUGAACUCUCGUGCAGUGUGCGAGUUUGGCAACUCGUUGUCGUGAGUGGCCAAACGAGUGGGCAUUUUGCACUCAGCCAUGUGGUGUACCACUUUCAUGUUUCCCGAUAACUUCCAUUUUAGGUUCUGUGGUUGUCAUCAACGGAACAUGGUUGUGUAUUAAUUAGCACUUCUGCCUCACGGUCAAGAUGUUCUGGGUUCGAAUUUCAGCUCUGGCUGUCCUGUGUGGAGUUUGAAAGUUCUUGAAAAUGGUUGGGUGGGAUUUUUCCAAGUACUCUGUCUUUGUCCAACAUUCCAAAAACAUGCAUCUUCGGUUCAUUGAGGACUCUAAAUUGUCCAUAGGUGUGAGUGUGAUUGCUUGUUUGUCUAUAUGCUCUGUGAUUGGCUAGCAACCUGUUCAGGGGUACCCCGCCUCUUGCCCAAAAUCAGCUGGGAUAGGCUUCAGCUCCCCCACGACACUAAUAAGGACAAGUACUAUCAAAAAUGGAUAGAUGGAUGGAUGGACAUGCCAUCACUGCUAUGUGGUGAUGUCACAACAAAGCCAAAGAAAAAUGCAAACACUUAAUUGGCACUUCAAAAUUCCCAAUAGAUGACCAGUACUUUAGAGGUUCCACUGUUUUUUUUUCCAUUAAGAACACUGAAUUACGUUUGCAAAUUUAAUUGUGUAAAUUGGGGUGCACGCAUAGCGAUGUUUAACAUCUGAACCGAUUUCUAAAUUGCGACAGAUCGCACGCACGACAAGGAAAAAAGUGUACGCGCUUAUUGCUCUUAUAGUGUGUGGUGUACUCGAGGUGAGCAACACAGCAGACCACACAUCACCAUAUCUCCACCGGACAAUAAUGAACUUGGUGACCACACACACAAGGAUUUGUCCUUUUGCAAUCAUAAAUAUUGAAUAGGUUUAAACAUUUACGAUUGUCCGCCGUGACCGUUUUGCGAGCAGAUCGGGACUGAAAACACAUCCCGCACCACAAUCUGGCCUUUCUUGGUUUUGAUCACAUGGGAAGGAAAAUUCUCAAAUUUGCCCUGAUUGUCAAUAUGUGUGUACCCUACUUAAUGAGGUGAUAUUGAUUGACAUCAUCAAGAGUGGACCAUGUUUUGGUCAAUUGAUCAAUGGAUGCAAUAGGUGCAAUUCGAGAGUGCCACUAUUUGACUUCCUGAUAAAUUAACUGGUGUAUACCUAUUUUUAGGAACCUACUGUCCAUCAAAGGUGCUUUGUCUUAUAGGUAGGUGACUUGUGCAAAAUAUGUUUUAUUUUAAACUGGUAAAAGCAGAAUGUAAAUAAGGAUAUUGUUUAACCUCUUUUUAAUACUGUUAAUAACAACAACAUGCUUAUUUAGUAUAGUAGUCUUAAUUGUGCUUUUCAAUGUUGUGUUGGCACUGCGGGUGAAAGGUUUCAACUCUAUUUGUAUUACGUGAACUGCAGAACUCUGUACUUGAACUGUGGUGCUCCUCUGGCGUUAAAGUGACCAAUGACAAAGAGGCGAUGCAGGUCAUCCCCUCUCAGGUCCCUCAAAGGAUGGCUACUGCAUUUCUACCUUAUUUGUACAUACCAAUGUGAGGCAUGUGGUUCUACAG